AUGAGGUUGUUCGCUCGUUCCGCGUCUGUAUGCCUGUCCGUUUUGCUGUGUUGCCUAGCAUUUUCCGUAGCAUUCGCUGACGAUGCGCAAGUAAAAACCGGAUUUAUUCUCUGUGAGGAUUUUGGCGAGCACGCAGCGGCAGCAGCUACUGUGCAUAACAUCUCCGUCUGCGCCUUUGUUCUGCAAGGCGAGCCCGUCGACCUGGACCUCACCCCCUCUGCGACCACCAGCGCCCCUGCGAUCGUCGGCGAUGAGUUUUCGCUUCGUCGAAACUUGCUAGGCGGCGGCGCGACGCCUGUUGCGGUCCAGUUGGCGCAAUCGCUGCUGGGAAAUGCGGGGACGAUCCGAACUCAGGCGACGACGGGGGCGGGUUGGACGGUUCUCGGCUCCAUCCUCACGGAGUCGCUGCUGAUCAGCAAGAGCCUAGUCUGGGCGAUCAAGGAUUUGAUGGAUAUGUACCGCACGCGCCCACGAUCCGCGCAAAAGCUUCAGGACGCGACUCGCAACGUUGAUCGCGCGUACUCCAACCAGCAGACGCUGCUGUUAGUGCUCAACAGAAACCCUCAGACGCAGCAAUUCGAGCAACUCUCUAUCAUACGCGAUACCGUCGCGUCCAUGACCCCCAAGUUCAAGCAGCUGCUCUCUCUGCUCGCCACGUGGCGCCAGCAGCAGCUUCACGCCAUAACUCGCCUGCACUUCGCUGCAGAACCUGCCAGCCUCGCCGUCACCCAGGCCGCGCCAGCCGCACCAGCAAAAGGAAAGGGCGGCUCGAAUAUUGUGGUGACUCUUGAUGACGAUGAUGAUGAUGACGACGACGAGGAUAAGAAGGACAGGAACAAGAAGGACAAGAAAUCGCCGCCGAAGAAGAGCCCUCCCAAAAGCUCGUCGGGUUCAAAUUCGGGGGGCAAGGGUUCGAAACCGGGCAAGAAGGCCAAGGUUGGGGCGACUCAGAUGAUCAACGUGGUUGUGGCGGCAGACGGCAGCGGAGAUUACAAGUCGAUUCAGGCCGCUGUGGACGCGGCUGGACCAGGUUCGACGAUCCGCAUCAAGGCGGGAGUGUACAAGGAGCAGAUCCAGGUCAGCACGGAUCGCAUCACGAUGAUUGGAGCUGGGAUGGAUCAGACGGUUAUUGUGUACGACGCCAGCCAGACCCGGGGUUACGAUAUUAUCACCUCGGCUACAGUCGGUGUGAACCAUGCGCACUUCCCUGCGAUCUCCCUCGCGCUUCGCCCCACCUUCCGCCCCCCUCCCCCAUCCUCCUGUCCCUUACCGUCCUCCCCCGCUCCCCCUCCGCAGAAAGUUGUUGCGGACGGCUGGAUGACGUGGGCCGGCGAGACGUACGGCGGAAAGCCAUUUCUGGCGGAGUUCAACAGCAAGGGACCCGGCGCCAAGCCUUCUCGUGUCAAGUGGGCCAAGCCCGGCGUUACAUCAGGUGGUGCCGUCAGCCAGUACAAUCCGAACAGCUUCAUCCAGCUCCAAUCGUGGAUUGGCGCCACCAAGAUUCCCGUCUGA